AUGGAUAAGCUAAGAGAAUUUGGGAGGAAAGCUAUGUUCUAUGUUAGGGUUCUUUCUGGUUACGAAGAACGAAGAAUCAGAUCUUAUCGCUUGCAGCUUCAAACUCGUCUCCAACAGGCACAAGAAAGGAAGGCAGCCCUGAGGAAGAUCCCGGAACAAGUUAUUUUGUCGGAGGUGCGGCGAAUGGUUGAGGAGAUGCAAGCGUUGAAUAAAAAGUUAGAAGAUACGGAAGCUACGAUUGAAGAGUAUUUCAAACCUAUUGACAAGGAGGCUGAGUUCAUAAUGAAGGUGCAGCUUGAGGGAGAGGAGAAGACAAUGAAGGAGAUGAUGAAAGCCAUGCAAAAACAGGCUUUGCUUGAGCAAGCCGAAGCAGAAAAAGUUGCAAAUAUGCAGAAUGCCGAAGCAAAACAACAUAUCCAGGACAAAGCAUCGAGCACCCCAUCCCAAGCUGAAUUGAGAUAA